GACUUCAGGGAGUUGGAUCGUCCACGCGGGCAGUGAUUGGUUGCCGAGAGGCGGGGGCGACUUGAUCGCCGGAGCUGUGUGCGCCGCGGUGAGGAGAGACAUGGGUCAGGCGACCAAGGUUUUACAGCUCUUUAAAACAUUACACAGGACCAGACAACGAGUUUUUAAAAAUGAUACCAGAGCAUUAGAAGCAGCCAGAAUAAAGAUAAAUGAAGAAUUCAAAAGUAAUAAAAGUGAAACUUCUCCCAAGAAAAUAGAAGAGCUAAUAAAAAUAGGUUCCGAUGUUGAAUUGUUGCUCAGAACAUCUGUUAUACAAGCUAUUCACACAGACCACAAUACACUGAAAUUGAUCCCUAGGAGAGAGCUCCUUAUAGAAAAUGUGCCAUAUUGUGAUGCACCAACUCAGAAGCAAUGAGUUUUCUAGGAUAAAAUCAAGUCUUUUAGUUUUUAAUCCUAAAUAUAUAACUGUGGCAAUGGAACUUUUGGAAAUGCAAGUAUUUCAGAACCAGCCUAUUGAAAGUGAAUGAAUUAAAGUACCAUUUCAUAAUUAAAUUUCACAUUAAAAGAACAUUGCUGAAAACUGCAGAACAUAGUUAAAUAUUUUUAGACAGCUUUAAAUAAGACAUGUCGUUUGCUUUGAAAAUCAAACUUUAUAAACUAAAAUAAAUGCUUAGGAGAUAUGUCGUAUUCAUUUUUCUAUGACCUUGAUGAGUAUUUUGGUCUUAACUAAGAAUGCAGUGAUUUGACAAGUUGGUGGAUUUUCCUCCCAUGUGAAAUGAAACUAUUAUGUUAAAAUUGUUAGAUUGGGGGUGUGUGGAUUGUUCAUAUGGUUGGGUGUCUACCUUCAGCUUGAGUCAUGAUCUCAGGGUCCUGAGAUUGAGCUCCAUUUUGAGCUCCCUGGUCAGCAUGGGUCUACUUUCCCUUCUCCUUCUGCCCCUGUACUCUCUCUUUCUUUCUCACUCUCAAAUAAGUAAAAUUUUUUUUAAAAAAAGGAAAAUAAAAUUAAUAAAUCUGUGUUUAGUUCUAUAAACUAAAUUGGUCAGAAAAAUCACAAUGUGAUAGAAUGUGGCCUUUAGUCUCCUAAAGCAGUGAAAUUUCUGUAGCUAACAAAUGAUUACUCAGUUUCCUUUCAGAGAUAGAGUCUCUCUCUGUUCCUGUAAAGAUAUUUUUCUAAUAAGUCUUCUGAAGAGGGUCGCUUGGGUGGCUCAGUGGGUUAAGCCUCUGCCUUUGGCUCAGGUCAUGGUCUCAAGAGUUCUGGGAUCGAGCCCCACAUCGGGUUCUCUGCUCAAGGGAAAGCCUGCUUCCCCAUCCCCCUUUGCCUGCCUCUCUGCCUACUUGUGAUCUCUCUAUCUGUGUCAAAUAAAUAAAAUCUUUAAGAAAAAAUUAGUCUUCUGAAGAUAGAUAAAUAAAAUAUCAAAAUCACGUAGGAUCAUUGUGGAAUAAAGAAUCCUAAUUUUUUUAGGAAAUAGCGACCCUUAAUCAAACUAUGUAAUACAGCCUUAGUAGAAAUAGUAUACUUGGGCCACAGCUGGACUUUAUUGUGAAAAUGUAAUAUGUGGCUACAUUCUUUCCAUUGUAAUCAAUAAAACUAAAUGGCUUUUCUUUUUCCACAUAUCGCAUCCAUCCCUGACGUAAUGGGCAGUAUCACAAAACAGUGUGUCAUUCUACCAUCUAACGGUGGGAACUAAAAAAUUGUAUUUAAUAUUCUUCUUGUUUCUCUUUUAACUGUGUAUUUUUAUCAUUCUCUUAGUGAACAGUGUGUUCUCUCCCCAUUUGCUGACCAAUUCUCCCAUUCAAUGAUGUUACAAAAUUUUUAAUUUUUAUAGGAUUCUUAAUGCAAGCUUUAUUGGCAAAACAUGGAUAUAUCCAUACUGGAUAUAAAAUGUCAUAUUUUAAAAUAAUUUAAUUUAAAUUUAAAAAUAAUAAAAUCAUUUAAUUUGGGGAGAUCAAAGAUUUUCUAAAUUCCUCAGACAUACUACACUUAAUAUUAAGCCAUUAACUAGCCUUAAUGUCUUCUAAUACUUGUAAGAAGAGUGUUGAGUUGUCUGUGAAAUGGUUUAUACAUGUCAGAAGACUUGCAACAUUAAUUUUUCAUCUCCCAUAUAUAGUAUUUAUUUUUAUGGAAAUGAUACCUAAUUGUUGCUUCAUAUUUGAAAUUUGUUCUUAUAAAAGAAUGCUGAAAGUUGUCACAGUAUAAUCACUGCUAAAUUCCCUGACCUACUAUUGUUUCAUUAAGUAUCUAUAUUAUCUAUUUGGAGGAAAGUUGGCUGACCUAGGUUAACUUAAUAUAUUUUAAUUGUUUCAGUAAUACUGAAAAUUUUAAUAGUUUCUAGCUUUUUAUCUUCUUUUUUUCUAAAGAUUUACUUAUUUAUUUAACAGAGAGAGAGAAAGCAUGAGCAGGAGUUAGGAGCAAGAGGAGAGGGAGAAGCAGCUCCUGCAGAGCAGGGAGCCCAGUGCAGGACUCCAUCCCAGGACCCUAGAAUCAUACCUGAGCUGAAGGUAGAUGCUUAAACUACUGAGCACUCCCUUGCUUUCUUUCUUUAAUCUUAAUUCCUGUGUUCCAUUCUUCAUUCACAUUAAUUUAAAUAUCUGAACAGAUUUCUUUUUUCUUAUAAACUUAUCAUUAGGAGCAAUAGAGAUUAAUAAUUCACAUGCAUAUUUUAUGAAACCCAGUGGCUAUGAGAUUUUCUUCAAAAUACAUAUAUUUUAUACAUAUAUGUAUAUAUACAUAUACAUAUAUAAGAAAAAGGAUCCUGUUUAUAUUAGCAGAGAAAACUAUAAAAUAGUAAGGCUUUAAAAAAAGUAUAACUUAAUGGAAGACUAUUGUGUUUUUAGGUGGGACAAUUGAAAGUUAUGGACAUGAACAGUUUAAAUGUUAUCUAUCAAAAUCCCAAAAGAUUAAAGAUACAUCAACAUAAGAAUAUGUAACUUUUUUUUUUUAAGAUUUUAUUUAUUUAUUUGACACCAGAGAGAGAAAUCACAAGUAGGCAGAGAGGCAGGCAGAGAGAGGGAGGAAGCAGGCUCCCUGCUGAGCAGAGAGCCCGAUGCAGGACUUGAUCCCAGGAUCCUGAGAUCAUGACCUAAACCAAAGGCAGAGGCCCAACCCACUGACCACCCAGGCACCCAAGAAUAUGUAACUUCUGUACUCUGUGAAAGCUCCUAUUAAAAAGGUUUAGAGAAAUUAUUUGCUGUCAACAUAGUGAUUAAAAUAGUUUAAAUAUUUAAGUGCUCCUAUGACUUAAUUAAUCAUAAUUGUGUGAAAAAUAAACAUGGGGAAAAUGGUCCAUUUCUUCACAAAAGAAGAAAUAUUAAGCCCCUCUAGUGAUCAGAGAAAUGUAAAUUAAAAUGAAAUGAAACUUUUUUUGUUCAUCAAAUUUGUAAAAGUUAAACUGAUCAUAUCCAUUAUUUGUAAGGGUAACAUGGGUAUGAGGAAGUGGAUAAUCUCAAAUAUUUCUGGAAGGGAUAAAAGUGAUAGGACCUUUUUGAAAGGAAAAUUGACAUUAAAAUUUAAAAUAAACAUAUUGGGAUGCCUGGGUGGCGGUGAAGCAUCAGCCUUCGGCUCAUGUCAUGAUCUUAAGGUUCUGGGAUGGAUCCCCACGUCGUGUAGCUCCUUACUCAGCUGGGAUCCUGCUUCUCCCUCUCACUCUGCCUGCCGCUCUCCAUUUUAAAAAUAAUUAAAUUAACAUUUUACUCAGUCUUUUAUCUCCAUAAUACAAGAAUAUAUAUACACACACGUAUAUAUGUAUUCUUGUAUUAUGGAGAAAUAUAAUGUAUAUUAUAUAUACACGUAUAUAUGUAUUCUUGUAUAUACAUAUGUACGUAUAUAUAUAUACACGCACACAAAUUAAUAGAAAUCUACAUACUUUAAAUAAUACACAUAAAAAAAUAAAAAAAAUUUAAAAAGUACAGUUGACCUUUGAACAGUAAGGUCUUAAAUUGCAUGGAUCCACUUAUACGUGGACCUUUUUCUUGAUAGAGUACAGUACUGCAAAUGUAUUUUCUUGUCCUUACAAGUUUCCUAAUAUUUUCUCUUGUCUAGCUUACUUUAUUAUAAGAAUACCAUAUAUAAUACACAUAACAUACAAAAUAUGUGUUAACCAACUAUGUUGUCAGUAAGGCCAGCAUGUAGCUUAUUCAUAGUUAGGUUUUUGAGCAAUUAAAAGUUAUAUGUCAAUUUUUAACUGCAUGGGAGUUUAGUGUCCCUAACCCCCAUGUUGUUCGAGGGUCAGUUGUAAUUAGGUAGGAAAAUGAGACUUGAUGAAAGGACUGGUAAAUUGGGGAUUUUUCUUAUGGUAACUCCUGCAUGCUUAAAUAUUUUUUACAGUGAGUAGAUUAAUGUAUAAUUUUUAAAAGACGAUACCUAAGCUACUAGUGAUUUAUUUAAAACUUAAUUAUGAGGGGCACCUGGGUGGCUCAGUGGGUUAAAGCCUCUGCCUUUGGCUCAGGUCAUGAUUUCAGGAUCCUGGGAUGGAGCCCCACGUUGGGUUUCUGCUCAGCAUGGAGCCUGCUUCCUCCUCUCUCUGCCUGCCUCUCUGCCUACUUGCGAUCUCUGUCUGUCAAAUAAAUAAAUAAAAUCUUUAAAAAAAAAAAACUUAAUUAUGAAAUAGUAAAAAUAUUAGCAUCUAGUGUAUCAGACACUCGUGACCCUCAUUCCCACAUUGACAGAGGUUACAUUUUGCCAUAUUUGUUUAAAGAUGUCCUUUCUUAUAAGUCACAAAAUCUUACAAAGCCAAAGUCCCACUUCUGUUUCUUCCUCCUGUGUCUUUUCAGGUAUAAUUACUGUUUUACAACUGGUGGAUACCAUUCCCUUACUUGUUUUUGUACUUUUACAAAUGUAUGUGUAUUCAAAACAAUACAUAGUUUUGUUUUGAAGUUUUAAAAUGAAAAUAAAUGGUGUUAUGCUCCAUGUGUUCUGUAACUUAUUUUCAUCAUACUUAGGUUUUAAAGAUCUGUUUUUUUAAUUUUUUAUAUGGGAUCUAUUGUAUAAAUAUCUGGGUCUUUUAUGUCUUAUAUCAUUGUAAGAAUGAACUAGUUUAUCCGUGUCUCUUGAUGAAUGAUAGUAUUGUUUUGUUUUUUGAUAUUCCAAACAAAUUUACCAACAACUCCAGCACAUGGAUUUUGUACCCAAAGUUUAUCUGAAUUUAUAGGAGGAGGCAGAAACACUAAGUCAUAGGGUAUGUGCAUAUUCAGUCCUUCCAGGAAUUUUUAAUUGUUCUUUAAAGGAGUUGUAUCAGUUUAUAUUCUAGUCAAUACUGUGUGAGAGGUCCCAUUUUUCCUUAUUCUAAUUAUUAUUAUUAUAUAUGACUUCUCCCAUUUUUUUCAAAUCGAUGGAUAUGAAAUGGUAUCAUGUUUUAAUUUGCAUUUCUGGAUUACAGGUGAAAUAGAUAAUCUUGUGUUUAUUGGUCAUUACAGUUUUCCUUUAUGAAUGUGUGAUCAUAUCCUUUGUUCACUUUUUUCUCUUGGAUUAUCUGGCUUUUGCUUACUGAUCCCUUUUUUUAUAUAUUGGGUACUAAUCCUUUGUCUGUUAUCUGUUAUGUAAAUAUUUUGUUCCACAAUGUGACUGGUCUUUUUAACACUAUUUAUAUAAACCUGUAGUAUGGGAAUUUAUUUUGUAAAUAAAUUGGGGAUUUUUCUUAUGGUAA